AAGGCCGGCCCACUCUGGCGCACCCGGACACACUAAACUUAGCCUCCGCCCCCACUCCAGAGCCACUGCCACCGCGCCAAUCGCCGGUCGGGCUGCCACCGACCCUGGGAGACGCGGCUGGCCCCUGCUCAGAGCGCCCACACCUCAGUGACCACCAUGUCCCAGACCAAAGCCCUGAAGGUGCGCGUGACGCUCCUCUGCAUCCUGGUGGGCAUGGUGCUGGCCAUGGUGGCCGUGGUGACCGACCACUGGGCCGUGCUGAGCCCCCACAUGGAGCAGCACAACACGACCUGCGAGGCGGCCCACUUCGGGCUCUGGAGGAUUUGCAUCGCGCGCAUGGCGGUGGAGGCCAGCGAGGACAGGGGCUGCGGACGCCUCACCCUGUCUGGGGAGAAGAACUGCUCCUACUUCAGACAUUUCAACCCAGGCGAGAGCUCGGAGAUCUUCGAAUUCACCACUCAGAAGGAGUACAGCAUCUCGGCCGCGGCCAUCGCCAUCUUCAGCCUCGGCUUCAUCAUCGUGGGCAGCGUCUGCGCGCUCCUGUCCUUCCGGAAGAAGCGGGAUUACCUGCUGCGGCCAGCUUCCAUGUUCUACGCCUUUGCAGGGCUCUGCACCUUGGUCUCCGUGGAGGUCAUGCGGCAGUCAGUGAAGCGCAUGAUUGACAGCGAGGACACGGUCUGGAUCGAGUACCACUACUCCUGGUCCUUCGCCUGCGCCUGCGCCGCCUUCGUCCUGCUCUUCCUCGGGGGCGUUGCCCUCCUGCUCUUCUCCCUGCCGCGAAUGCCGCAGAACCCCUGGGAGUCCUGCAUGGAUGCCGAGCCUGAGCACUAGACCUUGGGAAGCUUAGCCCCAGCCCAGAACCUUCUAGAGAGGAGGCGGGAGUUUUACACCUGCCCUGCCCCUGCCCCACCUACGACAGCUGUGGGCGGCUUCCCCUCCCUGAGCAACUCUCUGGGCUGAAGCAAGCUCCUCUAACAGAGCAAAGGGACGCGAGCCAGACCCGUGCAGGUUCAGCGGGAGGAAGGCAGCAGGCGCACGGUGUUUGGAGGGACACCUCAGGGUUCUCCCUGCGCUGCCAGCUGCCUGUGAUAAACCGGCUCCUGCAGUCUUAAAAAACCCUAGAGGGACAACCUGCGCUCAUCUACCAGUUCUGGUGUCACCUGUGUAGAGAGCCAGUGCCUCUUGCCUCGGUGACAAGAUACACCUUUCCAGUGAACUGAAUAUCCCUCCUCGGUAUCCAGGAGCCCUGAGGAGCAUUGUUAACUGGGUAGAAUCUAACUGUGGUUCGAAAUAAAAGCUCUUGGAAGCCC